UCGCUGGCAAUGACCAGCACCAACAUCACAUCUUUUGUACGAGAGAUAAUUGGGCCUCGAAUUUUGUCUUUUACCGAAUUACCAAGAGCUGAGAUGUGACCCCACAUCCCCAGAACACAGGAACCUCAAUGUCAUAAAUGACAGGUUGUCCACCAAAAUCCAGGCGCUUCAAGUCGAGAAUUCAUAGUCUCUUGGCUCCAUCGUAGCCCCAAUAAACUGGCCCUCCGUGUGUUUUCUUAAAGCUUGUAGUAAUUUCACCGACUGCUGGUACGUCUUCUGGUUUUCAGGGACGCGCACUGAUGAUUUACGUCGAAUUAGUGAGUGUUCCGGACGUAUAAAGGUUUUUAGUGGUCUUGUAAACGGAUACUCCACAUCCAAGUGUUAGAUGCCUAGGACUAGUCUAUUCUCACAAAGUUCACGUUCAAAGGAAUGUGAGCAGCCAAUUGAGAACCCUAUAUGGUUACUGGACCUUUCGUUCCUGACAUCCCUUUUGAUUAAUCUCAGCUCUCCAUUCUCGGAAAUGUUGUACGAGCAAAAACCAGAUCUUCAAUGAAAAUCAUUCUUGAGAUAACUUGAGUCGUCCACUCUGAAAGGAUCACCCACAAGGGUUUGGCAUAGUGGUGGGCAUGGUACCGGGUUACGAAGGCACAGGUUAACGAACUCGUUUGCGUACUCUUUUGGGAGCACUAUCAAAUUGGCUUGAAGAUAUUUUUCACAGGCACCAGACGUGUGGGAGGUAUGUUUUGCGUCUCGACAAAGCUGUCUAAACUAUUGUGGUUCGAAUUGACCAUUUACCAUCAUCUUUAGUCUUUAACACAUUUACU